UGUGUGGGUAGGAGUGAACUGAUGAGGAGGCUUUGCGAUGCUGCUGAAGGCAAUAACAUCCCAGAAUUCACAUCAUCAUCAUCAUUAAAAUGAUCGGAAUUUGAGAGAAACCUUUUUCUGGACAAGCCCCUCCUUUAAAUCUCCCGACACAACCUUGAAGAUUAGUGGUGCCAGCUUGAGAGGCAGCAGCGUCUCGUUCCUGUCAGCCUUUCAACUGCUUCACUAACCGCGUGAACAUGCGUCUUAGCUUUUUUCUUUUCUAUAACCGGGGCACCUAUCCAAGCCACGCGUUUUUGUUGAAUAUUUGCUUUUUUCGCGUGGUGUAAUGGUCGUCAAUAAUAAUAUCCCAAAGACAACAGCAGCACCGCCCGACAAAGACAUGGAAACUCUGGAACACACGAUUUUACAAUCUCAAGGUAAAGGAGCCCGGAGAAAAAGUCGGUUUAAAGGUUCAGAUGGCAGCACUUCCUCCGACACCACGACCAACAGCCUUGUUCGCCAGGGUUCGGCCGACUCCUACACCAGCCGUCCAUCAGACUCCGAUGUGUCCCUUGAGGAGGAUAAGGAGGCCGUGCGCAGAGAGGCAGAGCGACAGGCUCAGGCACAGCUUGACAAAGCCAAGACCAAACCAGUUGCAUUUGCAGUUCGCACAAAUGUCAGCUACAGCCCUUGUCAUGACGAUGACGUCCCCGUGCCAGGCAUGGCCAUCUCCUUUGAGGCUAAAGACUUCCUUCAUGUCAAAGAGAAAUUCAACAAUGAUUGGUGGAUAGGACGUCUGGUUAAAGAAGGCUGUGAAAUCGGCUUCAUCCCCAGUCCAGUGAAGCUUGAAAACGCUCGCAUCCUCCAGGAGCAGAGAGCCAAACAGGGCAAAUUACUCUCCAGUAAAUUGGGAGCAAACUCAUCAUCUAGUUUAGGUGAAGUGGUUCCUAACUCACGGAAAUCUACUCCUCCUUCAUCUGCCAUUGACAUAGAUACCACAGGAUUAGACCCCGAGGAUAAUGAGCUUCCGGUCAACCUGCGCUCCCCUAAAGCCAGUCCAAACACUGUCAUAUCACCCCUAGCAAAAGAGAAACGAAUGCCCUUCUUUAAGAAGACGGAACACAUUCCUCCAUACGACGUUGUGCCUUCCAUGCGGCCCGUGGUUCUGGUUGGACCAUCACUGAAGGGCUACGAGGUGACAGACAUGAUGCAAAAAGCACUGUUUGACUUUUUGAAACACAGAUUUGAGGGAAGAAUAUCCAUCACUCGUGUCACGGCGGACAUCUCUCUAGCCAAGCGCUCAGUCCUGAACAACCCCAGCAAGCACGCCAUCAUCGAACGCUCCAACACGCGCUCAAACUUGGCUGAAGUCCAGAGUGAGAUCGAGCGGAUUUUCGAGCUGGCUCGGACAUUACAGCUGGUGGUUCUGGACGCUGACACCAUAAACCAUCCGUCACAGCUGGGAAAGACCUCCCUCGCUCCAAUUAUCGUCUAUGUCAAGAUCACCUCUCCCAAGGUGCUGCAGAGGCUGAUCAAGUCCAGAGGCAAGUCUCAGGCCAAACACCUCAAUGUCCAGAUGGUGGCUGCCGACAAGCUGGCUCAGUGUCCUGCUGAGAUGUUUGACAUCAUCCUCGACGAGAACCAGCUAGAAGACGCCUGUGAGCACAUGGCUGAUUACCUGGAGGCCUACUGGAAGAGCACUCACCCACCCAGCUCCAGCCCACCUGAGCCAGUCCUGACCAAGCUGCCCACAGCCACCCUGCCCUCCAGCCCGGCACCGGCCUCCGGAGUGCAGGGCAACAGUACAGAGCAGAAGGGAGAUAAAGCGUUAGUGGAGAGGAAGGUCUCAAAAGAAGAUUACCAGCACCAUCAUCACCACCACCACCAUCACCACCACCACCAGAGCCUGGACCCGGCCGACGCCGACGCGGAAGCCGAGGGGGAGGGCAACGAGGAGGAGGAGAGGCCGCUCAGGACAGACUCCUCCAAGAGAGCCCAGCACGUCCACCACAGGUCGGCCUCCACCAGGACGGAGCACCACAACCACCACCACCACCACAGCAGUCGAGCCAGGGGGCUCUCCCGGCAGGAGACCUUAGACUCUGAGACCCCCGAGAGCCGAGAGAGCCACGAGAGCAAGGACUCGGCUCACACCGAGCCGCGGGCUCAGCUCCGCCAUCAGGAUGAGGAAGAGGACGAGGAGGAGGAGGAGGAGGAGGAAGAGGACGAGGAGGAUCUAGGGGAGGGGCACCCCCAGCAGCAGCAGCGCUACGAAGCGCUGCCCCACCGGGACCACAACCACCACCACCACCACCACCACCGUAGCGGGGCGGAGGAGGCCGGCCACAGCGCGGGACACCACCGCUUGAAGGAGCGCGAGCAGGACCACAACGAACGGAACAAACAGCGCUCUCACCACCACCACCGGCCCGCGCGCGACCACCACCACCACUACUACGACCGGGACAGAGAGAGGGACCGAGAGGGGGAGGUGGCACCUAAAAAGAGGGGCGAGGCAGGGGAGUGGUCCAGAGACUCGUACAUCCACCAGUGACAGACCAAACUCCUGCUGCGGUUCCUCUGGACUCCUCCCACAGACCGUUCUGUUCUCCCAUUGUGCUGCUAUACCCCCAAACCACAGCAUCCUAUUUAUGUACACUUCUUUGUAAAAGUGCUUGCAUCAUUUGCAGGAUUUUGAUUACGUAGAUACAAAUAUAAAUAUAUAAUUAUAUGUAUGUGUGUAUCUAUGCAUAGACAUUGUUUAUGUGUGGAUAUGCAUGAAUAUUCUCAAAUAUGCAUAUUUUAAACCUGUGUUUGGUAAAGCAUGACACAAAAGCAGAAUUUUUUUCUGUUCUGAGCUGUGCUUUCUGUGAUUAGCAUCAUAAUUUUUAUUAUUUCUAUUAUUCUUAAUUUUUAUUACUUGUUACCACUUGAAUAAUUUGUUCCUUCAGACUACUGCGAGGGUUGACCAGCCACCAUAGUUUAAUGCUGUAAUUGCAUAUUGUUUUGCUCAAUUUGGGAAAUUUGCUUAUUUGCCUGCGUAGACUUAAACCCAGAUUCCAGUUUAUGAGGUUCAUCAAGCUGAAACUUACUAACCUAAUGCAGCAGUCCUACGGUAAAUCUCCUUGUGGUGAAACCUGAUGCUCUUUUUAGAGACAUAGAUUCAACUUUAUGAUCAUUUUGAAUUGUUAUACAUUCAUACUGUGUCUCCUGAUUGACCUGUUUAUUAUAAAAACAAUUUAUUACAAAAACAAUCUUAACAGAAGCAGUUAGUACGAUAAAUAACACUUCAACUGAACGACAAACUGAAGCUUUAAAAAAAAGUCUGACUGUAUUUCACUGAAAACGUUUGUGAAAUGACAUUUUUGAAUCUUUUCAGGGGCUUGUAAUAGCAUUUUAAUUUGACAUAAGGCUGUUGCUCCUUUGAUAAAAAAAAUAUUACAGAUUUGCAGCUAAUGCUUGAUCCUUUCUCACCUAAAACUGAUUCAUUUCACAUUGUUUAGGUCUGGAUCAAAGGUUUACACUUGUUACCAUCUAAUAACAGACCUAGAGUUGUUUUAAAUCCAGAAUGUUUGUUUGAGCAGCUGCUGGUUGUAGCCUCAUAUUUACCAGAGUUGUCCAGGUCUGUUUAACUCUCAGCAGGAGAGCGUUUUUCCCAAAUUGUCAGUCUACUUCUUUAAUUUAUUGUCAACAUCUAAAGCUUAGUUCCUUUUUUGUUUAUUAUUAUUAAUUAUUAUUAUUAAUAUUCUGUCCACAGUUUCCGUCAUUCAUUUUCUGCAUAUUUAUGUCUCCUUUGAGGCGCACUUUAGUCUUUCUUUAAAAGAUGAAUGAUUUCAAACCAACGUUGUCUCCAACAUGCAGUACUGUUCUUUGUAUGGGUCCAGAAACAUUUUAUAACUUGGUACAUGUUAUUCUGCACUUUUACUGAAUCAGACUGGUUUGAUACGAUGUUCAGCUCUCUGUAGAUCUCCCAGGAAAAAAUCCACUCCGCUUCUUCUUUUAUCAAAUCUGACCCCUUUUCUAAUGAAUGAUGUUCUUUCAUUCCCACCUGAGUUCCCACUUCUUAGUACAAAGAAUGUUUCAUGCAGGAAAUUGUGUUUGGUAUGUUCUACACCUAAAAUUAAAAGAUGCAUUUGCAAAACAAUCUCCAACAACUGCAAAUGUUUACCAGAUAGUAUUUGUUUUUUUAAUCUUACUGCCAUUUGUCCCUUUCCCUGACUAAAACACGGGAUCUAUUUCAAGUACAUUGAUGUCAUUUUGGAUAUUUUUUUAGCUUCUACCUGCACUCUUGGUUCAAGAUUCAUAACACAAAAACUCCUACUAGUUCUGUUGACUUCAAGUUUCACUCCAUCCACUCUGCCUCAUCUGUUUACACAUCACUCCCCAUGUCCUUUGUUAUUUUUUUGCCCAACAAAUGAGAAAAAAAAAACAUUUCUAAGCUACAUUCGUAGCUCUACAGAUUUUAUAACUGUGUACAUGUCUAUGUACAUAACGAUGCAUAAAUAUGAAGAAUAAAGUUGACCAAAAGAAAAAAACAAAACAAAACUGAACAGGAGAAGGAUUUGAUGUGUGCUUUGUCAAAAGAGCCAGACACGGGAGGGAUGCGGCUGCUAAAAAUAGUCCCUAGAAACUCACCGGCCUGCCUCCUGCGUCGUCAUGACAACCGCGACGUGAAGGAUGAUACUGAGGGGAUGCGUCUAAAAUAGAAAGGCACUUCUUUACACACAGCUGCUGCCAAAAUAGACAAGUGCUCCCAGAGACGCAGUUUGUAUCAGAAGUUGAAUGCCAAUUCGAGAGAAAAAUGUAAAUAAACCUGCUCUGCUGCCGUUGUAGUCGGUAAUGUGCUGCUACAGUAUAAACAAUAAAACAGUAAGAUGCAGUGCAGACGGAUGUGUGCAUGAUUUGGUAACAGUUAAAAGAAGAAAGAAAGUCAGUGUGAGGGCUCCUUAAAGUAGUGCAAAACAGAAAGUGCACCGUGGAGACACAUAGUUCCAGUUGGACUGAGCUAGUGAUACCACUUCAAGUCCACAUUUUAAAUAUAUUUAAACAAUCUAUGCACGUAUGCAUGUUUUACAAGUCUUCACCGGUAUGUCAACAAUUAAAAACGUCCUGUUUAGGAAUGAUUGUCAUUAAUUAACAGCAAAAUCACAACAAAAAACAAUCAAAUACAAAAUUUUAUUCUCAUCUCUGAGUGGCUUCAAAAGGUUUUCAUAAAGAGUUACAGCUAUGAAACAUGUCCAUUUAGGAUGAGUUAUAAUUGUUUGCAAAUAAU